AUGGAGGACGAUGGGGGAGCAGGAGGAGCAGGAGGAGGAGGGAAGGAGAGUGGAGAAUGGCAGGGCAGCAAGCAAGGCAUUGGUGGUGGUGGUGGUGGUGGUGGUGGAAAGGAGGAAGAGGGGUCUGUUAGUUUCUGGAUACUACCAUCUGAAGACCCGUGGGCGUGGGCAGAGGGUGCAGCUGUGGACGCAGCAUUGGGAAGAGGAGGAGGGGGAGGGGGAAGGGGAGGGGGAUUGGGGGGAGCAGGAGGAGGCAGUGGAAUGGGGUCGUUGAGCAGUUACAGGCAGCAGCUGAAGCACAAGAUCCUGAGCAUGCACAAGAAGGCCUUCCCAGAGGCGAUAACAGAGAGGGAGUGGGCAAUGAGAGCAGCAGCAGCGUGGGGAGCUGUGCGCACAUCACCCCUCAUCGCACAAUUUGCUCACUUCCUCCAAUCGUCUCCGCUCUUCCAACAGCCAUAG